CAAUUUAAUCCAUGCAUAUAAGUUCUUCGUGUGCUUAGUUAAAAUCUAGUUCUGGAAGACGUAAGGGGAGUUAAAGUAUAGCUCCACUUUUCUUGACCUCGGCACUAGAUAGAGUUACCAUGGCAACUACCAGAGUUUGUCUGCUGCUGUCAGUACUGUUGCCGGCUGCUGUGUGUCAGGGUGACAGUCAGCAGUCAGAGUGUCAAAAAGCGGCACGGGCUUCUAGGUCGGACAAGUGCCAGACACCUGACAUUUCUAACCUCAAGUUCUCACUCUCAAGUCACAGGAACCAAACUGGUCACUGGGUUGCACAGGUGAAGCUGGAGCACGGCGGUGAACAGGGGCACACCGGCUCGGACCACAGUGAGACCGGCUUAUGGCACGUCGAUUUGGAACAGACUAGUACGCAGUGUGAUGGCAGCCAUUCUGUUCAGACUGUGGCUUCAAUAACAGGCUAGAUUUUUUACAUGUCUGAGAUAAUAUUCAGGAAGGCUUUAAGUUGUUAUCAGAGAUAUCU